UACAAAUUGAAGCCCUUUGUGUUGUUUCAUUCGAAGGAAUUGGUACCAAACCAGAUUUGCUAUUUACGAAUCUACAGGUUUCCAAUAUGGCGUUUGAUUUGCUACCCACACUACACCCAAAAUCCAAACACUGGGUUAUUUGUGUGCGUGUUUCACGCAAAUGGGAGUACCGUGGUGGCACAGAUAAUGGGCCAAUAGCGCACAUGGAUCUUGUCCUUGCAGAUGAAAAGGGAAAUGCCAUUUAUGCUGAGAUACCCAGUUCUGAAAUUGACACUAAAAGCCCAUUGAUUCAGGAGGGAGGCAUCUACAUCAUCAGCCGUUUUAGAGUAUCAAAAGCUAAAUCCCUCUAUAGGCCAGUUGAUGAGCCUUUCAUGAUAGAAUUUACUUGCUACACAAAAAUAACUCCAGCAAAAGACAUGCCAGAAACAUUUCCAACAUACAUCUACAAGCUUACACCUUUUAUUGAUCUUUCAAAACACGCUGGCGAGAAUAGAAAUUUCCUAGAUGUCCUUGCCAUAAUCACCGAAGUUUCUAGCACCCGCUUGGUCCAACUUCCAAAUCAACCAACACCAACCCUAAACAGACAUCUUGUCCUUAAAGAUCUCAGCAAUCUUCAAGUUAGACUAACUUUAUGGGGGCAGCGAGCCACUGAAUUUACCAUCGAUGACAUUUACAAUGAAGAAGAAGCUAGGCCAAUUGUUAUACUCAUUGUUGGCAGCCUCAUGAAAACCUAUGCAGGUGAAGAAUAUCUGAGUGGAAACACUGCAUGUCGAUGGUAUUUUAACCCCGCAAUUCCAGAGGCUCAAGACUUCUACAACGCCCUGCACAAUCAGCGUCUGUCAAUCAGACGUGUCACUGUUCCUGCAGAACAAACAGCACCACUGCAAACAGCACUUUCCCUCGAAGACAAGUGUCUCAGCGACUUGGAGAAAAUGGAUCCAUACGACUUCCCGACCCCUCCACCUUCACUGGAGCAUGAUGAAACACCGUUGAAGAAAACUGAACUCCCGUAA